CUCUCUCCCCACGGCUUCGGCACGAGACAGGGAGGUCCACGGCGAGACAGACCAUGAGGCGCCUGCUCGUGCUCUUGCUCCUGGCAGCCUUGGCCUUGGCAGCUGUGGGCUAUGAAUCACAUGAAAGCAUGGAAUCCUAUGAAAUCAGUCCCUUCAUUAACAGAAGAAAUGCUAAUACCUUUAUAUCCCCACACCUGAGAUGGAGAGCGAAGGCCCAAGAGAGGAUCCGAGAGCGCACUAAGCCUGCCUAUGAGCUCAGCCGGGAGGCCUGCGACGACUACAAACUCUGCGAACGCUACGCCCUGGUUUACGGCUACCCCGCGGCCUACAACCGCUACUUCCGGCAGCGCCGUGGGGGCAAGUGAGAUGGGAGAAUGUCCUUUGUGCCAGAGCCCUGGGUCUGGCCUGGUGCCUGUUGCCUAUGCAGGCACCUGGGACUUGCUUGCUCCUGAAACGUUCUUGUCUGGCUGCAUCCCCUUCCCUGCCCCAAGAUUAAGUCCUGGAAGUCGAGAGGGAGUGGAGGAAGUCCCCAUGUAACGACGACACAAUAAACUUUUGG